UGAAUGAAAUGUGUAGGGCUUCCGGUUUAUCAAUGAAAGUCGUGUCUAAGCCAAUGGCUAGGUUUGUUUCUUUACUGUAGCUCGGAAAAGUAAUAAUAAUAAGCAGUAAUGUCGUUAUCCACCGCUCGGUCGUUCCUGUCAGAGGCCUGUUAUGGAGAACAGGAGGUCGACGCUAAUUCCGCUCUCCUGGAGCUGGACAAAGGUCUACGAUCUGGAAAACUGGGAGAACAGUGUGAGGCCGUGGUGCUUUUCCCAAAACUUUUCCAGAAGUAUCCGUUUCCCAUUCUUAUCAAUUCAGCUUUUUUGAAAUUGGCAGACAUCUUCAGACUGGGGAACAACUUCCUGCGCCUCUGUGUACUGAAAGUUACACAACAGAGUGAGAAACACCUGGAGAAAAUCCUCAAUGUGGACGAAUUUGUCAAAAGAGUCUUUUCAGUCAUCCACAGCAAUGACCCCGUGGCCAGAGCUAUCACACUUAGGAUGCUUGGAAGUCUGGCCUCCAUCAUCCCAGAGAGGAAGAACGCCCACCACAGCAUCCGCCAAAGUCUGGACUCUCAUGACAAUGUAGAGGUAGAGGCUGCUAUAUUUGCUGCUGCCAGCUUCUCUGCACAGUCCAAAGACUUCGCAGCUGGAAUUUGCAACAAAGUCAGUGAGAUGAUUCAAGGCCUGGACACACCUGUGGACCUGAAGCUGAAGUUGAUUCCAAUGCUGCAGCACAUGCACCAUGAUGCCAGCCUGGCGUCCAGCAGCAGAGAGCUUCUCCAGCACCUGGUCAACUCCUAUCCCUCUACACCCAUGGUCAUCGUCACCCUGCACACCUUCACCCAGCUGGCUGCCGCCUCCCUCAUUGAUAUCCCAAAGCAGUUGCAGCUUCUGCUUCAGUACCUGAAAGAUGACCCGAGAAAAGCUGUGAAGAGACUCGCAAUCAACGACCUGAAGCUCCUGGCUAAGAAGGCUCCGCAUCUUUGGAUCAAAGAAAACACACAAACUCUGUGCGAGUGUGCCCUGUCCAGCCCUUACAUCAGCCUGAAGCUGGGAAUGUUGGCUGUUCUCUCCACACUGUCUGGAACAAUCGCAAUCAAGCAGUACUUCAGUAAUAUGACAGGUGGUUCUUCAGUUGCCCCACGGCUCACUGACCUGGUUAAACUGGCACAGGAAUGCUGUUACCACAGCAACCUGGCAGUGGCUGCACAUGGGAUCGUGGUCCUGGCCAACAUCACUGUGUCCUGUCCAGAAAAUGAUGUAGCACAACUUGAGCAGGAAAUAGUUCUGGCCGUGGAGUCUCUGCUGAUGCUUUGCAGUCAGGACAACGGCCCCGGUGCCCAGGCCACACUCAAAACAGCCCUCACCUCAUUGGUAAAGCUGCUGAAAAGUCGGCCACAUCUCAGCCAAUCAGCCGUGGACUUCCUGCUGGGCCAGCUGCACUUGUCCUGCGAUUCUUCCCGUGUUCUUAUGUGUCACGCUCUGGCAGCCAUCGCCACCCACCUGCCCGUACUGGGUGACGGAAUGCUGGGAGAUCUGGUGGACCUGUACAGAGUGGCCAGUCUCUCCUCCACUGACAAGCAGCAGGAGCUUCUGGUUUCCUUGGCUACGGUGAUUUUUGUAGCCAGCCAGUCAUCUCUGUCGGCCGAAGUGAAAACAGUCAUCAAACAGCAGCUGGAGAAAGUCGCUAACGGCUGGACCGUAUACCGCAUCGCACGGCAGGCCUCUAGAAUGGGUUGCCACGAGUUCUCCAGUGAGCUGUACCAAAGUCUGAGGACGCGUGUGGCUUCAGAGCAUUUCUACUUUUGGCUCAACAGCCUGAAGGAGUUCUCCCAGGCCGAGCAGUGUCUGAGUCACGUUGAGGACGGAGACUACAGCGGAGCCAUGAGCGCCAUCGCAGAGGCACUGCGCUCCUACCAGAAGGGCAUCGCCUCCCUCACAGCUGCCAGCACCCCACUGAGCCCGUUAACGUUCCAGUGUGACUUCAUUAAGCUGCGUAUCGAUACUCUUCAAGCCCUGUCGCAGCUCAUUUGUACCUGCAACAGCCUGAAAACCAGCCCGCCUCCCGCCAUCGCCACUACCAUCGCCCUCACCUCUGGCAACGACCUGCAGCGCUGCGGCCGCAUCUCACUGCAGAUGAAAGUGUGCAUGGACGAGUUCAGAAGUCUGGCAGCGCGAUACGCUGAUUUACACCAGUCCUCGUUUGAUGCUGAUUAUGCAACUCUUCGUAACGUGGAGCUACAACAACAGAGCUGUUUGCUCGUCUCCCACGUGAUAGAAGCGUUAAUUUUGGAUCCACAGGCAGCCAGUUUUCAAGAGUCUGGCGCCUUGGGUUCGGUCCAAACAGAGAGUGAAUACGAGCGACGCAUGAUUUCUGUUUUCAAUCAUGUCUUGGAGGAGGUGGACGGCCUGGCCAAGAAACACCCACCAGUGUCACACCUGCACACAGGCUGUCUCUGUGACGCCGUCAUUGCACUGCUCAAAGUUCCGCUGUCCUUCCAGAGGUACUUCUUCCAGAAGCUCCAGUCAACCAGCAUUAAGCUCGCUAUUUCUCCAUCCCCUCGAACUCCCAGUGAACCAAUCCCAGUGCAGAACACCCAGCAACUGACCCUCAAAGUGGAGGGCGUGGUACAGCACGGUUCAACUCCAGGGCUCUUCAGGAAGAUCCAGUCGGUCUGCCUCAACGUCACGUCCGUUCUCCAAAGCAAGAGUGGAUCAGACUUUAAAAUUCCGCUUGACACCAAAACGAAUGAGAUCGAGCAGCGCGUGGAGCCACACAUCCUUGGCACUCACACCGUAACUGUGGAGGCGUCAGUGGUGGACGAGAGUGGCACCGAGUGGAAAACGGGGCCCAGGACCACCGUGUCUGUGAAGUCCCUGGAGGAUCCGUACUCCCAGCAGCUGAGGCACCAGCUGCAGCAGGGCGGUGCCCCGACUCCCCCUCAGCGGGGGGCAUACAACCGCUUUUAAUCCAUGGGACAUUUCAAGGUUUAGACAGUGUGGUUUUGUAGAAAGAUAUUGUGUACAUAGAUUUGAUUAAAUGAUUAAUUUUUACUGCAGUGAAAUGAUUUGAAAAUGUGUGAAGGACAAAGACAGCAACCGCUGACCAUUUGUGGAGUUUGGACACCAUAGGAAAAUGUCUUUUCAAUUUUCUCUCUAUUUAAUUCCAAUGAAUUUUUAUUACAUACAUAUGGAAGACAAUCGGUACCAUAAUACUAAUCAAAAUGCAUUAGCAGAUACAUUUUUUCAUUUUCAGAAUAUACCUCAAUUCUUCGACUCAUAAUGAAAUUAAAAGAAAAAUUAAUAAUUUUCAAUUUUUCUCUAGCAUGUAAUUACCCAAAUUUAUUUUGAAAUGUGAAAUUUGUAAAUUAAAAUGCAUUAGCAGGAUGCUUUUUUAUUAACCACCACGUCCUGUCGCUGGAGGACUGAGAACUGAUUAUUAAUUUUAUUUGAAAGUGCAGGUAUCUACUGAAAAGGAUGCAUUUUUAACAUUUAAAAAUGAAAUUUGGUUCUUAAUUGCUGGGGGCAAAUUUUGAAACACAUUUUUAAAAGGUCAUAGAAUGAGCAGUCUUGAAGAAAAUGCAGUACGGAUGAUUGAUUGUUUAUUUUUAAAAAUGCAGGUAUAUUCUGAAAAUGAAAAACAUUUCUGCUACUGUUUUAAUUUGAUGCAUUCAUUUUUAGAAUCGUUGUGUUCUGAAUAACCUUGGAUUCACUCUGCAUGAAGUGUAUUACCAAAGUGCGCCACAGGGGGGCAGAAAAGUGAUUGAGUCUAACUUUUUCCCCUCAAACGUCAGAGUGAAUUGAACAAUUUUCAGAAACACGGAGUCACACGGUCAAAAUGUGUGAUUUCAGCUCUGUCAUUUUACAGCAAAUUGACCGGUUCUCUGAAACUUAAAGUAAUUUAUUUAUUUUGAUAACUGUCACCACAGCAUGUUACUUAGUUGUAAAACAGUCAGAGUCAUUACAGUAAUGGUUUCAUCUUGUGCUGUUAUUGUGAAAGUCAAAAGGGAAUAAACAUCAAAAGCUGGAUGGUAAA